UUAAUAAAAAAAUGUCAUCACCUUUAACACACAAAUGUACAUCUUCAUCACCAAUUCAUCACCACCCCACCCCUCUUCACCACACCUCUCAACCAAAACCACCUUUAACUCAACCACACCAUUCCACAAAACCCAACCUAACCACCACCCUAUACCAUACCCAAGACCGCGUUUUCGCGGUCACUUGGGCUCGUACCCUAUUUAGCCGGUCUCUUUACAUCCAUCUCCUCCCAAAUUCAGCCAAUAACAUUACGUCAGAUGACGAAACCACAACCUCAAACUCAACUUCCACACCCUUAUUUCACUUACAAAUCAAACCUUUCAUUUUUUGGAACAAAUAUGGUUCCAAAAAAAUCCCACUUCCUAAUAAUCAAAACCAAUUUGUUUAUAUCUACUAUGAUCUCUCUCGGGCCAAGUUCGAGUCGGGCCCAGAACCAAUUUCCGGAUUCUACAUUACAGCCAUUAUAUCGGGCCAAAUAGCCCUGCUCAUUGGUGACUCACCAAAACAAACUUACUCAAAAUUAGCCACGUCAUCAUCAUCACAAAAUCCAAAUAGAACCCAAAUCACAAUUCUUCGUAGAGAACAUGUGUACGGAAUCUUGAACAAAAAGUAUUUUACAAAAGCCACAUUUCGUGGCAAAACACGAGAUAUAACGAUAGAUUGUACACGAAUUGUUGGUGGGGAUGAUUCAAGAUUAUGUUUUUUAGUCGAUAAUAAAAAAAUAUUGGUCGUGAAACAUUUAAAUUGGAAAUUUAGAGGAAAUGAACGUGUCGAAAUUGAUGGAGUACAUAUACAAAUAUCAUGGGACGUAUAUAAUUGGUUAUUUGAAGAAGAAAAUGAUGAGAAUAAUGGAUUUGCAUUGUUUAUGUUUCGUUUCGAAAAAUCGGGAUUUGAUUAUCAUGAAGAUGAUAAGUAUUUGGCUCGAUUAAAUAAUGCGUCUUCUGGGACUAAUUAUGGUCUUGUUGGAUUUGGGUCAGUUGGGUUCGGGUUUGGGUUCGAGAAAAGGAAAAUGAAAAAAGGGAUGUUGAGGACUGGUGGGGCUGGGAGCUCGUCUUCGUCGUCGUUGUCGUCGAUGUCAUCGUCCGGGUGUGGCUCGGUUAUGGAGUGGGAAAGUGUCGAGGAAAAUGAACUAAAAGGACCUACUGGUUUUUCGUUGCUUGUUUAUGCUUGGAAAAGUUGAUGGCCGAAGGCCGGAUAUCAUGGUUAAAAGUUUUUAAAAAAAGAAGAAAGAAUUAGGAAUUGGAAAUAAUGGUUUUUUGAACAGAUUUUUGUAAUUUUUUUUUUGCAUUGUGAGAACUGUUCGACAUUGAUUUUUAUUCACCUGUUAAUUGUGUAAUAUUUGUCAUAUUUUUUUAAUCGAAGGGUCGAAAAGAAUGACCAAAAUGUUGUG